AUGAUGUCUCUUAAUCUUGACUCUGCAGAAUUGAGCUGUGAACCAUUUUGGUAUAUUGUCAUGGGAACUGAAGUGCCAAAAGAUCCAUUCAAGGGGGUUGACUGGAAGGCCAUAGGUGGUGAAUUGCAGAAGGAUCCAAGUGCUGGCGCUAAACCAAUUAUAAAGAAGCGGCUCCCGAAAAGAUUAGGCAAAUUCCAGACUACUAUUUCCUUCCUCGAAUGUGGAAUUGGUGCCGGCAUGCUGUUGGAGAUGUGGAUAAACAAGAAAGUCAAAGAGGAUGGAGGCAUCAUAUGGGAGUUUGAUAAAUAG